GAUUUUUUCAGUGGCUUAUAAAAAAAAAAUCACACAACGGCCGAGACUUCAUGAGAGUUUUACCAUGACAUGGUUCUUUUGGAAAUUGAUUUUACCCUUUGAAAAGCCAUAACACACUAACUUACUCAUAAAAAACCAUUCAAUAAUUCCUUCGAAUUAUUAUUCAAAUUCACGUGGCUUAACCUAACAUCAACUUGUUACUUGUUCGCAAGAUUAAAAGUACAAAAUAUACCGUCAGCAAUUUUACUUAUUUUCGAUGACUGUUGGUCAACCUAUGUAGGAAUACAAAUUUGAUAUUGGAGCUUUCUCAAGAGUGAAAAUAAAGAUUUUAAUACAUUUUGUGAUCUCAUAAUCUGUUGAAAUCUUGCAAUCAUAUAAAAAACACCUGAGACAAAAUCUUUCACCACAUCUAAGUAGAUAACCAUACAUUAAAAUGUUUUUGAUCUUAUAUCUUCAUCUCUAUCUAUGUACAUCUGAAAAUGGUCAGUUUAAAAGACAGAUUGCGAAGCGGUUGUGAUUGUGCAUUACUCUCGACACGUCAAGAUCAAGGAAUUGUUUUUUUUAAUGUAAAUUUUCAUUAUGUCCUUAAGAACAGUAAGAAAAUUAAGUAACUUAUUUAAAGAAGCUAUUCCUCGAGUAUGCAUCAUUGGUUCUGGUCCAGCUGGCUUUUAUGCUUGUCAACAAUUACUCAAGUUAUCUGAAAAUAUACAUAUUGAUAUAUUGGAACGCUUACCAGUGCCGUAUGGUCUAGUUCGUUUUGGUGUUGCCCCUGAUCAUCCUGAAGUAAAAAAUGUCAUCAAUACUUUUGAGAAAAUUGCAAAAAAUUCUCGAGUUAGGUUUAUGGGAAACAUUAAUGUAGGUCAAGAUAUAUCAGUGGAAGAAUUGAAAGACAAUUAUCAUGCUGUUUUGUUGGCAUAUGGCUCCGAUCAAGAUAAAUUACUUGGGAUCGUUGGUGAACAAUUAGGUAAUGUUAUUUCUGCACGAAAGUUUGUAGGAUGGUAUAACGGAGUACCAUCCGACAAAGACCUGAAAAUCAAUUUGAACGUGGAAGAAGCUGUGAUAUUUGGGCAAGGAAAUGUCGCAUUAGACAUCGCUCGAAUUUUAUUAACUCCUAUUGAUGAUUUAAAAAAAACAGAUAUAACAUCGUAUGCAUUAGAAGAAUUAUCCCAAAGUAAAGUUAAAAAAAUAUGGUUAGUUGGUCGAAGAGGACCCUUGCAAGCUGCUUUUACUAUUGCUGAGUUACGUGAAAUUUUAAAAUUGCAGAAUUGUAAAACUAUAUGGCGAUCAACUGAUUUUGAAAAAGUUAAAGAAUAUCUUCCUCAAUUGUCACGUCCAAAAAAACGAUUGAUGGAGCUUAUGCUUAAUAAUUUAUCUCCAACUUUUGAUGAUAAUAAUAAAAUCAAUAAUAAAAAACUAUUUGCACCAAUUUUUUACAGGGGCCCAAAACAAAUAAUUGGAAGAGACUCUGUUGAAAAAGUUGUACUUAGUAUAAACGAUGUUGUUGGUCUUGAUUUUCUUACUGCAGAUGCAAUACCCACAUGCGACGAAGAAGAAAUAUCAUGUGGUUUAGUUUUUAGAAGUAUCGGAUCUAAAUCGGUACAGAUUGAUGAGAGUAUACCUUUUGAUCCAUGCAGGGGUCUUGUGAUUAAUUCUCAUGGUAAAGUUCAAAAUAACCUUUAUGCGGCCGGAUGGGCUGCUACAGGACCAAUAGGAGUUAUUCUCUCAACCAUGACGAAUGCAUUCCAAACUGGAAAUUUGAUAAAACAAGAGCUCAAUGUAAGUGAUCAUAAAGCUGGUACGAAAGGACUGAUUAAGAUCUUAGAAAAAAAAAAUAUACCUAUUGUUACGUUUGAAAAUUGGGAAAAAAUUGACAAAGCUGAACGUGAUCGCGGAAAAUUAUUAGGAAAACCUCGAGAAAAAAUCGUUGAUGUUGCCGAAAUGUUAAAAGUUGCAUUUAGCUAAACUAAGUUUAAAAAAAUUUUACAAUAAAAAAAAUUCUCAAAAAUA